CUCGCAGCGAUGACGCGCACACAGACGAGUUAAGUUAGCGGGGCCAAUCUGUCCUGGUGAGGGGGUCCGUGUGGAUUUGAAGGGACGACGUCGAACAAUCACCAGGACAACUUCACCUUGCACCUAUCUACCAGGCCUUGUACGACUCUAACUCACAUCCGUCAGUGUCUCGUAUUCACCAGCAUAUCUGAGUUGUAUAUCGAUCGCCUCGUCACGUCGCGAUCGGCCUAGGAAUCGACGUCUGUGAGCGGCAGAAAUAAAGCCCGAACCCGAAAUUUGAAGCACGUUCGCUUCGACAGAUAUCAACCUCGCAACUCUGCAAAACACUCAUCUCGACAGACCACCAUCACCAUCACAAUCCACAGGAGUUGAUGAUCAUGAACCCGAGCUCGUUACGAUACCUUCGAGGCCGAGUGAGGAGUACCGCACCGGUAUUCACGGAGCGGACCCGAUGCUUGUCCUCCCGACCGAGCAAAUUGAACACGGCACCCGCAUCGUCUACUGCACCAGCACCUUCGUCUUCACCUGCUGGUCGGAGGACGGAACCCGAUUCAGGGGGUAAUCUCGUCGGCCCGUCGGACCCGAUCUCUAACCUCCGUCCGGUCAUCUACCGCUCCAAGAACCCCUCCUCCUCCUCUUCAGCCUCUUCAUCUCGUCCGUCAGCCUCGAGCCCAGCAACAGGUCGAUCGGGAACCGACUAUACCCCUUACUCGAUCUCGGAGUUCUCGUCGGUGUCGUCUUCAGGGAGGGACAGGUCGGGUUCGGACAGGAGGUUGGGGGAGGAUCUGGCAGAGAGGUUGAGGAAGGAGGCUGUUGAUCGGAAGAAUCACGAAUUUUGGGCAAAGACCAACCUCCUCUUCGAAGCUCACCAAGCCCACCGUCUCUCCCUCCUCGGCCCCGCUCCUUCCCCCACCACCUCUUCCCCCGACGAGAUCGCCCGGUACGCAGCGGACAAGGAAAAGGUCCUCGCCGAGUUUUACCGCGAUUGGAUACAUGCCAACAAGGACAGGCAGGCGAGGUGGGUGUGGGAGUGGUGGGCGGAUGUAAGGGAGGAUGUGGGGAGUGGGUUGAGGAAGGGGUUGAAGAGGUUGUUUGGAUAAAUGGGGAGGAGCAGGGAAGGGACGGCUGAGGGCCGCGGUGAUUUUGCCUUUAUUGCCGCAUGAAUAUAUAACACGCAGGAUGCGAGAUUGGCAGAUCGCGUAUGUCGAGAUCUGAAUGUCAUUAUGCAGCGCUUCAAAUGCGGACAUUUACAAUUCUUGGGG